UGUGUCUAUAUGUAUAUAUAUGUAUACAUAUAUUACUGUAUAUUUAUACAUAUACUUCUUCUUUCAGGGGUCGUCUGAAUGUUUUGGCCAACGUGAUCCGUAAAGAGCUGGAACAGAUUUUCUGUCAGUUUGACUCCAAACUGGAAGCAGCUGAUGAGGGCUCUGGAGACGUGAAGUACCAUCUGGGGAUGUACCAUCGUCGUAUCAAUCGCGUGACCGACAGGAACAUCACCUUGUCCCUGAUGGCCAACCCGUCUCACCUGGAGGCCGUGGACCCCGUGGUGCAGGGCAAGACCAAAGCUGAGCAGUUCUACUGCGGAGACAACGACGGCAACCGGGUGAUGUCCAUCCUGAUCCACGGAGACGCUGCAUUCGCCGGUCAGGGGAUCGUGUACGAAACCUUUCACCUGUCUGACCUGCCAUCCUACACCACGCACGGCACCGUGCACGUCGUCGCCAACAACCAGAUCGGCUUCACCACAGACCCUCGAGUGGCUCGAUCGUCUCCGUAUCCCACCGACGUGGCUCGAGUCGUCAACGCUCCGAUCUUCCACGUCAACGCCGACGACCCCGAAGCCGUGAUCUACGUCUGCAAGGUGGCCGCUGAGUGGAGGGCCACGUUCCACAAAGACGUGGUGGUCGACCUGGUGUGUUACCGUCGGAUGGGUCACAACGAGAUGGACGAGCCGAUGUUCACUCAGCCGCUGAUGUACAAACAGAUCAAGAAGCAGAAGCCGGUUCUGCAGAAAUAUGCAGAGAAACUGAUCGCAGAGGGAGCCGUGAGCCGUCAGGAGUACGAGGAGGAGAUCGCCAAAUACGAUAAGAUCUGUGAGGAGGCGUACGCUCGAUCUAAAGAUGAGAAGAUCCUCCACAUCAAGCACUGGCUGGACUCCCCCUGGCCUGGUUUCUUCACUCUGGACGGACAGCCCAAGUCCAUGAGCUGCCUGUCCACCGGUCUGACUGAGGAGAACCUGAACCACAUCGGCACCGUGGCCUCGUCCGUCCCCGUGGAGGACUUCACCAUCCACGGAGGUCUGAGUCGGAUUCUGAAGAGUCGAGGUGAGAUGGUUCGUAAGCGGACCGUGGACUGGGCUCUGGGGGAGUACAUGGCCUUCGGAUCGCUGCUACAGGAGGGAAUCCACAUCAGACUGUCGGGACAGGACGUGGAGCGAGGAACCUUCAGCCACCGUCAUCAUGUCCUCCAUGACCAGAACGUGGACAAGAGGAUCUGCAUUCCCAUGAACCACAUCGCUCCGGACCAGGCGCCGUACACCGUGUGCAACAGCUCGCUGUCAGAGUACGGAGUCCUCGGCUUUGAGCUGGGCUUUGCGAUGGCGAGUCCCAACGCUCUGAUCCUGUGGGAGGCUCAGUUCGGAGACUUCCACAACACGGCUCAGUGCAUCAUCGAUCAGUUCAUCUGUCCCGGUCAGGCCAAGUGGGUCCGACAGAACGGCAUCGUGCUGCUGCUGCCGCACGGCAUGGAGGGCAUGGGUCCAGAACAUUCUUCAGCUCGUCCAGAGAGAUUCCUCCAGAUGUGCAACGACGACCCCGACGUCAUGCCGGCCCUCACGGAGGACUUCGCGGUGCGUCAGCUCUACGACUGUAACUGGAUCGUAGUGAACUGCUCCAAUCCUGGAAACUACUUCCACGUCCUGAGACGACAGAUCCUCCUCCCGUACAGGAAGCCUCUGAUUGUCUUCACUCCCAAAUCUCUGCUGCGUCACCCAGAGGCCAGAUCCAGCUUUGAUGAGAUGCUGCCUGGAACUCACUUCCUGAGGUUGAUCCCAGAAGGAGGCUCGGCGUCGGAGCGUCCUGAGGAGGUGAAGCGUCUGAUCUUCUGUACGGGAAAAGUUUACUACGAGCUCACCAAAGAGAGGAAGAGCAGAGGAAUGGAGGACACGGUGGCUAUCGCUCGUAUAGAGCAGCUGUCUCCCUUCCCCUUCGACCAGGUGAAGGCCGAGUCGGAGCGCUUUGCCAACGCCGACCUGGUCUGGUGUCAGGAGGAGCACAAGAACCAGGGUUACUACGACUACGUGAAGCCUCGCAUCAGGACCACCAUCCAGAGGGCCAAGCCUGUCUGGUAUGCGGGCAGAGGGCCGGCAGCAGCUCCGGCGACCGGAAACAAGAAAGCUCACCUGAUGGAGCUGGAGCGGUUCCUGGACAACGCCUUCGGCCUGGACGCGUUCAAAGACCAGCAGUAGAACCUGUGACACACCUGGAGCGCACACACACACACACACACACCUCACACCUCACACACACACCUCAGACUGCACACUACAUAGCACACACUGUUCAUCCAACCUUGAGAGAACAUUAAAGAUCAAACCUGAGAUCUAAACGUUUGAAUGGUUUUAAUGAAUGAAUUGAUUCUUGAUCUGAACGAUCGUAUAAACACAGAUGUUCACUGAGAUACCAAGCAGAGAACGAGUACUCUGUUGUACUUUCAUGAUGAUGCAGUGUGUACUUUAUAGUAUCAGUAUGUAGUACUACUUAUAGAACAUCAUUACAGCACAUGUACAAGUAGAAACAUUAAAUCCAUCGUGUUGAAACUCUGAUUUAAAAUACUGGAAAAUACUUUGACAACGUACCCGGAACGAAACGUGUUAAAUUAGCAACAUUUUGAAUGAAGUCUGGUGUGGAGUUGCUCUGUCGGAGUUGCUCUGUCCAGACAUGUGGCAACUUCAAACAUACUGAGAGGCAACGUUGCUACAGAAAAGUUGUCUCUGGUGGCGUGAAGCCUGAGUUUAAAGCAUGUAACAGCAGGUGUUACGUCAUCAUCAUCAUCAUCACUCCUCUCUCUCUCUCUCAUCUCUUCUGGUGGCUCGUUAGCAUCGUUAGCGCUCCCCAUUGUAAACGAAUGGGAGCCCUGCUAGCUGGUGGAGGUAGCUUUAGUUUGGUUCUGUCGGCUCGUUAAAGUCUGUGAUUAAUUAGUCACCAUGGCAACGCUUAACUUCCACAUUGAGAUUUUAUUGUUUUCUUUGUUUUAGGGAUUUAAGAUGGCGGAGGUCUGCGCCAUCAGGCGUCCCUACAUCAGCUCAACCAAAAUGCAUCGCUGGUUAUGAUUUAACCCCUCGGCUUCUGUCUCCUCCUCUUCCUCCUCUUCCUCUUCCUCCUUCUCUUCUUCUUCUCUCUCGCGAGCGUUCAUCUCGUGCCAAAACUGAAGCUGUUUUUAUUUGUUUUUCUUCUUCGUGGUGUUUCAGCUGAAUGAACUCUCGUCAGCAGGAAGUCAGAUCUCCUGCUUUGAAACACAAACAUAAAUAACUAAAUAAAGCGACAGCAGAAGAAGAAAUCUGCGUCUGCAGAUUCUUUCUGAGCUUCUGUGAGACAAAAGAAAAUGAUUUAUUUAUUUUCAUAAAAGGGGAUUUAAAUCCUCUUCAUUGUUUUUUUGCUUCAUUCAAUAAAGAAAACUACGACCUGAA